AAUAGUGUUCAUUAAAGAUCACUUUCAGACAUCUUUUUGACAUUUCCUUUAAGACUUAUUUUUUAGAAAAAAGUUUCAGAAAUAUCCUAUAUGAGAGCGCUUAAAGAUUGCUUUAAAGUAAUCAUAUUAGAUAUCUUUUAGAUAAAGUUGUGUAUGACAAUUUGAAACGCAUGCAUAGUUUUCUAAAAGUUGUCCAAACUGAUAUGAAAAAAGAUGACUUUCGGAGUUUCGGAGCGCGCUCCAGGCGCGCUCUCUCAGCGGUCGCCCUGUCUGCUACUCUUUUGAGGUUAUUUUUCCGCGAGUUUUCUUUUUGGCAACUUUUGGAAUAUCGCUACACCUCCAACGACUUUUUCCAAGAAAUCUUAAAAUGCGGACUGUAAGAGUUCUUAAUGUGUAUACUUCGAAAUUCCAUCGGCUUGUGAGGAGUGCGUUAGUGCAUUGUGAAAUAACACGGCGUUUUGCAUGGCGGAAUAAACAGUUUUUACAAUUAUUAUACGUAUAUAUCGUUGAAUGCUAACAGCUGCAUUUCUAUUGAUCAGUGCAUUUUGUGGAGUCCAGUACGCGGCUCAAGGCUUGGCUGAAGGUGUUUCGAACUCUACAUUUUUCAACAAUUUACAAAGAACAAUUUUAUCAUCAGUUCUAACGUCACUGAAUAUACAUCUGCAUAUCUGUUGUGAUGGAGAGGAAACAACAGAGAACUUAUGGGUCUUGUGCUCGCUCAAAACCAAAUAUUUUAACAGGAAGUAAGCGUCAUGGUAACCCAUCCACCCAGAAACAGGAAUCUAUCAACAAAGAAAACAUGACUCAGCUGACAAAUAAAAAGGCAAAAUAUGCGCAACAGUCGAUUACUCAGAAUUCUCAACAAGUGCCAAGAUCACAUAAUUCAGGAAACCAAGGAUCAGGUGGAUUAAACCCACAUACUGGCACCCCAUCAAUUGAAUCUCACUUUUCCUUAGGAGAGCAGCAAGCCAAUGGAAAUUCUGUACAAACUUUCAUUGACAAUUUGAAAAAUCAAGGUUCAAGUGAAUCAAACCCAGUUACAGAAAGCCCAUUAACCGCAUCUCACUCUUUCUCAGGAAAGCAACCUACCAGUAUACACUAUGUAAAAAAAAUUUAUUCUAACUCAAUGCAGUUAUUGACAAGUGGAUUCAUAGCCAAGGAUGGUGGAUAUGAUACAUCGAAUCAAAAAGUACUACCAUUAUGUCCAAAAAAAAGUGUGCCAAGAAACAGCAAGCCAGUUUCUACAGUGACGAAUAAUAUUUUAUCGAACGCAACAAACGCGCUACCAGUGGUCCCUCCUCCGACUACUUUUGUGCAAGAAGACUUGCAUACGCCUUAUAAUACAGGAAAAUCUAGUGUAACAAAAAAGAGUAAGCCAGCUUCUACAGUAACUACUACUAUUUCAAAUCAAAAUCAAACGAAUGCGCUACCAGUGGUCCCUGCUCCGACUAAUUUCGUACAAGACGAUUUGUAUUCAUCUAAUGAUAUAGGAAAACCUAUUGAUAUUGAAAAAGUACCGAUUUUCGUAGAAAAUCUAGAUGAUGGAGAGCUCAGCGCAGUCGAACCAGGACUUCUAGAUGGAGAUGAAGACGAUUUCUUGGAAAAGUAUCCUGCUUUCAUAGUGCCUAAACCUAAAGAAGGUGAAGACGCCGCCUCAGAUCUAGAGCAAGGAGGUGGAAGUGUUCAAGAUGAAGACCUGGAGCAACAUGAAGAUGAAUAUCAGGAACAGGAGGAACCAGCGGAGGAAAUUGUGCAUACAGAAAAUAAUGUGCAGCAAAAUAACGCACAAGAGCAAGAUGAGCAGGAUCCAGAACUGCAUGAACAAGAGGCUAUACAGCAACAGCAAGAAACUGCUGCACAUCAAUCACCACACAGGGACCAAGUUGCUGAUAAUGGUGAUAAUCGCCAACAAGAACCGAAUAGGCGACGUAGACGAAAUCACGAUCGCCUAUUACAACUUGAACAGCUGCAUCAUGAACAACAUGUAUGUUGUGCUCCUUGUCGUAUGAUUUUGCUACAUGUACUGGAGGGAAUCGAAUAUCUGCGGUCAAGAGCUGAUAUUGGACAUCAGGACAUCGGACUUAAUAAUGGUAAUUUUAGAAUAGAAGAACCAGUUUUCGAUAGACUUCAAAUGCUUCCAAUCGAUGACAGAAACGCUUUGUUAGAGUUUGACCAGCAUUUAGUUGAUCCAGCCCAUCGACAAACAAGAAUACAAUUUGAUCAAAAGAUUAGUUCAAUUGAUGGAACAGAUUUUAAAAAGUUGGUUCCUGUCAUUCUAGGAGAAAUCAUGACUGACAAUUUAGCAGAAAAUUGUACUUGGUUGAUCCAAAAAACCAAUAAAAGCGUCCUUAGCCAUUAUAAUUUUCCAAAAAUUAUAAUAAGAGUAAUUAAGGAUAAGCUCAACGCUCCUGAAGACCAGAUAAUAAAACGCAUGCAAAAAUGGUUGCAAAAGACUGGAGACCGCAAUAGAUACAAAGAACAACAAGCCAGGAGACAAGCUCAGUUAGAAAAUAAUAACGAGAGAAAUUUAUUUAAUCGUGUCUUAUGACUCCAUUGUCAUAACUAUUAAAAUAUUGUUUAUUUAUUUAAUGAUAUUUGCCUGAUGCAGUAUUUAUAGAUUACCAAAUAUUAUAAUGUAUCUGCUUUAAAUGUAGAUGCAUGCUACUUCUUUUGUAAAACUUAUUUUAAUAAGUUAGUACUAUUAUUUUCGAUUACUUUCGUAUAAAUUUAAUUUUUGUAACUUGAUGUGAUAACAUUAUGGCUGUCUGUGACAGUGAUCAAUGAUCUACGUACAAAUGUGCCUUACCAAUGAAACUAAAAAAUAAAUAUUCAUGUUUAAUUUUUUUAAUUAAAA